AUGUCAGCUGUACAAUACUCACAACGUGAAAAUCAGUUAACCGAUUUACUAUCGCCUUUUAAUAGCGAUCCACGCCGAAAAGCUGUAAAAAUUGUUGACGAUCCACGAGCUGGUGCGCUGCUCGAGAACGAAUCCGAGAUCCGAGUGGAUUCACCGGAUCUCGCACUUUUCUACUUGAAUACGGUAGCUGAUCAUCGGGUUGUAGGUCAGUGAUC